AUGGAUGCCGCUGAACCCCAGGCCACUACCUCACUCGAGACCAAGGAUUGUGGCUUGGACUCUGAAAGCCAGCACUUGAGCUCUGAUGCCAGUCGAGAUGUCGACGCGAGCUUCACCAAAGCUUUGCCCAAGGUCGAGCUCCAUGCCCAUCUGAGUGGCAGCAUCAGUCGCAAAUGCCUUCAUGAGAUAUGGAAACGCAAGAAGCAACAGAACCCCGCGCUGCAGGUGGAGGAUCCCCUAGUCACUAUGCCGCUGGGCAAAGUCGACUAUACUCUUCAAACAUUCUUCCAAGUCUUCUCCAAAUCCAUUUAUCAACUCUGCAAUGACCUGGAGAGUCUCGCCUAUGCCACGACCUCGGUACUUGAAGACUUCUUCAACGACGGAGUCCGAUACCUAGAGCUGCGGACGAUCCCGCGGGCAUCUCGUGAAUCCAGCAUCACCAGAGAAGAAUACAUCGCUACAGUCCUAGACCGCAUUGACAAGUUCCAUUCUAAAACAAACGACAUGUCCGUGUUCCUGAUUCUGGCCCUGGACCGGGGCAACACCACGCCCACCGAAGCCCUGGAGAUCAUCGACCUUGCCAUCCACCACAAACCACGCGGGGUGGUCGGGGUUGAUCUCUGCGGCAACCCGACACAGGGCGAUGUCAGCAUCUACCAGGACGCGUUUGCUCAAGCCAAGGCCCAUGGGUUGGGUAUCACGCUGCACUUUGCCGAGACACCGGCCUCGGGCGAGCCGCGAGAACUGGCGACCUUGCUUUCGUUCCAGCCUGACCGGCUCGGGCAUGUUAUCCACGUGCCUGAUGAGUUCAAACGGGAGAUUUCACGGCGGAAACUCGGUCUGGAACUAUGCAUGUCGUGCAAUGUGCAUGCCAGAAUGUUCGAUGGAGGGUUUCUGGAUCAUCAUUUCGGGUACUGGAGGCAUGAGGCCUGCCCGAUUGCUCUGUGUACCGACGAUGUCGGCUUCUUCUGCAGCCCGGUCUCGCACGAGUACUUGCUCGCGGCGCAGCAUUUUGACCUUAGCCGGGAUGACUUAUGGGACAUGAGCUUGAAGUCGGUGGAUGUGAUUUUUGGCGGAGAGCAUGAGAAGAAGCGACUUCGUGGGCUUCUUGAGGCAUUCAAGAGUGCAGCUCUCCCCCAGACACUCAAGUCUAUCACCGCCACCAAGAUCAAGGAGUUGUCCAAGCAACGCACACUAUUCGACAAGCGCAAAGAUCAGAUCUUGGAAUCCGCCCAAGCCGCACCGGACCUGCGGGCGCAGGUCCAUGUACUACUGGAGGGAAUCUCUCAACUGAAAGGGUUUCCCAAAAGCACGCUCGACAAAGACGAUAUGGACUUGGACGACGAUGAUGGUUCGAGCUCCGAGUCCGACGAGCCGGUCGCGACACCGGGAAUGGGCCAAUUGGACCACAAGGAUCACACCAACAUCCGGCGCUUCCUCCUGCAGAGCCGAUACGACACUUCGAUCUCGGAGACGAGUCUCCGGGACUGGAUCGCGCGGCUGGAAAGCGAGGUGCGGUACCUGGAGUUGAAGCACGAGCAUGCCGCAUUUUACAGCCAACUGGUCACGGAGUGGCUGGCGCACUUGGAUGAACAGUCCGCGAAGUCUGCACCAGACAGUGCCGCUGAGACCACUGAUUCGAGCACGUCCGACUCGAGUUUCGAGAAGGUGGGAUGUGCCGAGCACGAGCAGCGGGCUACAUGGGAGUCGUUGGUCUUCACGGCAGACACCCACGCCGACUACGAGAACAUCCGGUCGUAUCUUGACGGGCUGUUCAAUCAGACCCAGAUGUCACGGCAAGCCCUCAAAGAGCUCCGAGGAAGCCUGCAGAAAUUCGGGACCGAGUUCGCCGCGAGGGGAGAGUGGCUCGAUGUGGACGAGCUGCGAUGGGUUUCGCAGGCGCUGAUGAAAACGGACCUACUCAGCAACGAGAAGACCACCAUUCUCAAAGAGUUCAUGCGCAGCAAUGAGGUCGCCCAGGAAGUGGCCGAUGUGCUCAACAUGCGCCUGGCGUCGCUGGAGAGCUGGGACUGGGGGGAGGGGGCAUCCCCUCUUAUGCUGCAGUAUAUUGGAUCCAUGUGGGCUGUCAAGCUCAGAAAAGCGUUUGAGCGGUUCCUACGGUCCGAGGCGUGGAGUCCUCUCCGUCAGGAGAUCUCGGAGGAGGACCGUAAAAGACGCAAAUAUUUCCUGGGGUCGAGCAACCCCAGUCCGCACAACAUCAACGCGUUGCGUGAGGAAACAUACCGAGAUCAAUAUUUCAUGAGCCAACUCCCCGAGUCGACUAGCGAGGGUGCUCGGAGUUACGACGACGAGUCCAAAGGGAAAAGUGCCCUGGACACAAAGCACUCUCUCCUCCACCUCCUCAUCACCGAGUCUAUCAUCCACAAGAGCCAGUGGGGGGAGUUCACCGCGGUCCGCUCUGACUUCCAGUGGUUUGGCCCUUCCAUGUCCCACACCACGAUGCUCACGGUGCUGGAGUACUUUGGCGUCCCCAGGGUCUGGCUGGACUUCUUCGAUGUCUUCCUGGAGGCACCCCUCAAGUUUGCCCAAGAUGGCCCGGGUGCCUCGGUUCGAGUCCGCAAGCGCGGCCUUCCAAUGAGCCACACGCUGUCGGACUGUUUCGGAGAGUCUGUGCUUUUCUGCAUGGACUAUGCAGUCAAUCAGAGCACGAACGGUGCCUUGCUCUACCGGUUGCACGACGACUUCUGGUUCUGGGGUACUGAAGACACCUGUUCUAAGGCAUGGGCAGCUAUGACCAAGUUUGCCAACGUGGUGGGCCUAACCUUCAACGAAGAAAAGACGGGCACUGUGCGGAUGGGCAAGGAAGAGAACCAAAAGAACUCGGAUCUUCCUGUCGGAGACAUCCGCUGGGGCUUCUUAGUUCUCGAUGCGCAGCAAGGCAAGUUCGUCAUCGACCAGGCGCAGGUGGACCAGCAUAUUGAAGAGCUGUCCCGCCAGCUGAAGUCGUGCAAGAGCGUAUUUUCCUGGGUGCAAGCCUGGAACAGCUACUUCGGGCGGUUCUUCACCAAUAACUUUGCCACGCCGGCCAUGUGUUUCGGGCGAGAUCACAUCGACAUGGCUGUGUCAACGCUCAGCCGCAUCGAAAGUGCCCUUUUCAACAGCACGGUCUCUAGCACAGGCCGCGGCAUCACCGACCACCUGCGCGGCGUACUCGCAGACCGGUUCGACAUCCACAACCUCCCCGAGGGCUUCUUCUACUACCCCGUAGAGCUGGGCGGGCUCGGGCUCCUCAACCCCUUCAUCCGACUCCUCGCCAUGCGCGAAAACAUCAAGCAAACCCCACAGCGACAAAUCCACAAGGCCGCCCUCGAAGACGAGAAGCAGUACCGACGCGCCAAGGACAAGUUCGAGCGCCUCGGCCCGGACACGUACUCCUCACCCUGGAACAAGCCCAGCGGUGAUUCCGAGUCCUUCAUGUCGCUCGAGGAAUACACCAAGCACGCCGAGACCUACAGCGGCGCGUUCCGCACCGCGUACCGGGCCCUAACUACCGUGCCCGAAGAAAGAAGCGUCGAGCAGACAAGUCGCUUUACUAAGAGUCAGUCUGAGCUGACGGGUAAACUCAGUGACAAGAGCUCUAUCUCUGCGGUCUGGAGUCAGAUGUCCCCCUACUGGCGCUGGGCUGCGGAGCUGUAUCAUGACGAGAUGGUGCGCACGUAUGGCAGUCUGGCUGCAGUGAAUCGCGAGUUCAUGCCGCUGGGCGUGGUGAAGACCCUCAAGGAGGGACGGUUUAGAUGGCAGAGCUGA